AUGCCAUUCCCACAGCUUACUCUGCAAUCUGUUGGCUUUUUCAGGAUGGGCAAGUGCAAGGGUUGUGGAAAGUUAGGAAGAAUGAGGCCAAGUCAUAUGAGUGCUUAUGAAUUUUCUCUGAUGCUGGCUCCUGUUGUUUCUGUUUGGGAUUGUGUAGUUCGCAAAAUGAGGUACUCCUACAGACCUGAGUGGGUGUAG